GGAUACACUUUUCUCCUACAAGAUGAGUAACAGUCACCCACUCCGUCCUUACACAGCAGUCGGGGAAAUUGACCAUGUUCACAUUCUGUCUGAUCAUGUUGGUGUUCUGAUGAAUGGGGAGGAGUACAGUGAUGUUACCUUCAUAGUUGAAAAGAAACGUUUUCCUGCGCACAGAGUGAUUCUGGCCGCGAGGUGUCAGUAUUUCAGAGCACUGCUGUAUGGUGGAAUGCGUGAAUCUCAGCCUGAAGCAGAAAUUCCUCUCCAAGACACCACUGCCGAAGCCUUUACAAUGUUAUUGAAAUAUAUUUACACGGGUCGUGCCACUUUAAGAGAUGAGAAGGAGGAGGUCCUCUUAGACUUCUUGAGUUUGGCUCAUAAAUACGGAUUCCCAGAACUGGAAGAUUCCACCUCUGAAUAUCUUUGUACCAUCCUUAACAUUCAGAAUGUUUGCAUGACCUAUGAUGUUGCGAGUCUCUACUUGCUUCCCAAACUGACAUGUAUGUGCUGCAUGUUUAUGGACAGAAAUGCUCAAGAGGUGCUUGCUAGUGAAGGCUUCCUGUCACUUUCUAAGGCAGCUCUUCUCAGUAUUGUAGUGAGAGAUUCAUUUGCAGCUCCUGAAAAGGAUAUUUUCCAAGCCUUGGUGAACUGGUGUAAACACAACCCCAAGGAAAAUCAUGCUGAAAUAAUGGAGGCAGUACGCUUGCCACUGAUGAGCUUGAUGGAGCUUUUAAAUGUUGUAAGGCCUUCUGGAUUGCUCUCGCCUGAUGCAAUUUUGGAUGCCAUCAAAGUUCGAUCAGAAAGUCGGGACAUGGACCUCAACUAUAGGGGCAUGUUAAUACCUGGUGAGAACAUUGCCAUGAUGAAAUAUGGAGCCCAAGUAGUUAAAGGGGAAUUGAAAUCUGCUUUGUUAGAUGGAGACACGCAAAACUAUGAUUUGGAUCAUGGGUUUUCCCGGCAUCCAAUUGAUGAUGACUGCCACUCUGGUAUUGAGAUUAAAUUAGGUCAACCAUCAAUAAUUAACCACAUACAAAUACUACUUUGGGACCGUGAUAGCAGAUCUUACUCCUAUUAUAUUGAAGUGUCUAUGGAUGAGCUGGACUGGAUUCGCGUAAUUGAUCACUCCAAAUAUCUUUGUCGGUCAUGGCAAAAACUGUAUUUUCCAGCCCGGGUUUGCAGGUAUAUCAGAAUAGUUGGAACACACAACACAGUGAACAAAGUUUUCCAUAUUGUGGCUUUUGAGUGCAUGUUUACCAACAAAACUUUUACUCUUGAGAAAGGUCUCAUAGUUCCCAACGAGAAUGUUGCAACAGUGGCAGACUGUGCCAGCGUGAUUGAGGGUGUAAGCCGAAGACGCAAUGCCUUGUUGAAUGGAGACACAAAGAAUUACGAUUGGGAUUCUGGGUAUACAUGCCACCAGCUAGGCAGCGGUGCAAUUGUAGUACAGCUGGCACAACCUUACAUGAUUGGAUCAGUUCGGUUACUUCUCUGGGAUUGUGAUGACAGAAGCUACAGCUACUACAUUGAAGUUUCUACUAACCAGCAGCAGUGGACCAUGGUGGCUGACAGAACAAAGGUUUCCUGCAAAUCUUGGCAAGUUAUAAGUUUUGACAGACAACCAGCAUCUUUUAUCAGAAUUGUUGGAACUCACAACUCAGCUAAUGAGGUGUUUCACUGUGUCCAUUUUGAGUGUCCAGCCGAAACCACUGCCCACAAGGAAGAAGCCAGUGAAGAUGACGUGGGCACAGGGGAACAGCCGCUGGCAUCCUGUCCACCUCGAGCUCCAAGCACCGGUUCUGUGCACUCCCUCCCAGGAGCCACCUCACACUCCUAGGCUUACCAAACUAUACAAGAGAGAAGAGCAUUUGCAACCCCAGUGCCAUGAUAAAAUUGUUCACCACCUUCCUGUUGGAGCACCUUAGUUCUCUGAAUGGACAUAGGGGACUAUGCCUGGCAGCUGCAGCUAUUCAAAAGCCUUCCGAGAGACACUCCAUUCUUUCUGUGUAGUUCAAAUCAGGAU